AUGACAGACAAGAAAGAACCCCUCCUGUCCGGGAUUCCCUCCGACCUUCCGCCCUCAUACGAAACAGCGCAACAAACACCAAAGCGUCUACCACCGCCUCCUCCUUUUGCCUUGCCCUUCCUCCAGACACUCCGAACGAAGCGCGUGAUUCUCGCCUCGCAGUCUCCUCGCCGGCGCCAAAUAAUCGCCUUCUUGGGACUCCCCCAUAUUGAAAUAAUCCCCUCAGAUUUUGCGGAGGAUUUCCCGCAUACGCAGCCAAUAGAAUAUGUCAUGGCGACAGCAACCCAGAAGGCCCAGGAUGUGUACGCUCGCGAGAUCUUGAACGAGGAGAAGGGCGAGCCGGCGCUCAUCCUGGCCGCAGACACAAUUGUCGUGGAGCCGCUAUCCGGCGCGAUCUUGGAGAAGCCGCGCUCGGAGGCGCACCAUAUCGCCAUGCUCAAGAGUCUAAGGGAUGCCAGGGUCCAUAAAGUUUUCACGGCGAUCGUGGCCAUGGCGCCACUGAGUAGUGCGCGGGAUCCCGGGUACGCGAUUGAGACGGCGAUCGAGGAGACGGAGGUGAGGUUUGACGCAGACGUUACGGACGAGGUCAUACUAGCGUAUGUGCGGACGAGGGAGGGCGUCGAUAAAGCUGGAGGCUACGGGAUGCAGGGGCUGGGAAGUAUCUUGGUCGAGGGGAUCGAAGGGAGUGCCGAUAACGUCAUCGGGUUGCCGUUGAAGACUACGUUGAAGGUUAUUAAAACGGUUUUGGCUAGGGCGGACGAUGAUGAGCGACUUGGCUCUGACGCGGAGGAUGAAGAGGAGGACGAGGAAUAA